CGGUCCAAUAUGGGUAGCGGCGUUUCAGCCAACUCAGGGGCAGUUAGCGAUGCGGAUGAAAUGCUGCUGCACCCAGGUGCACAUACUCGGCCCGAUGUUAAAAGCGGUGCUUCAGAGCAAACGGAGUACCAAGACCCCGGUCGGAGUAGACUGCGAAGGGUACAGGGCACUGACAUGACUGAACGUCAUGUCAGUCUCGAACCGGAUGAAAACAAUUCGGGUCGCCAGUCUUCUAAUUCCUCCGUUGCCGCGUGGACACAUUUUAUUGACGAGUCUCAAGCAAAUGACAACAACAACAACGACCGCGGAAGCUCCAGGGUUAGCUCGAUAGUGGCAGCAGUAGCAGCAGCAGCAGCAGCGACAGUGGCAUUGCCCGCCCACCAUGAAUGUGGUAUGGUCUGCAUUCAGAUGCUGCAUGCCUUCCUGGACACCUUGUGGUGCGUCUUUGCCGAUGUUGAAGAAAAAUAUUCCUGA